CAUCCGUGCUAUAUCCUCCAGGCCCUCCCUGAGCCUCAGCUCAGCACUGUGGCGGUGAUACCCACACUCAGCAGGGUCUGCCCUGUGCCAUGUUCGCAGGUUCUGCUGGUCCUGCUGCUCAUGGCGUGUCCCCAGCACCACGACAGCCUCCUUCCCUCCCAGGCCUUCCUCUGGUUCCUGCUGCUGGACCUGGGCCUUCUGCCUUCUCCAAGCUUUGCUGCCUGUGGUGAUCCUCCAACAUUUCCCAACAUGGAGAUUUCUGGACCCGCCAAACUCACCUACGAUGUCGGGGAGCGAGUGGUGUAUAAGUGCAAACCAGGGUACCAGAAAGUGGUUUCUGAAACCAUCUUUACUAUUUGUGGUGCAGACAAUAAUUGGCCACCCAUUUCCAGUGAUGCAUGCCGUAAAAGAUCAUGUUCAACUCCAAGGGACCCACUGAAUGGGCAAGUGAACGUCCUCAAUGGAAGUUACGAGCUUGGAACGCAAAUUCAAUUUGUUUGUAAUAACGGUUUCUACUUAGUUGGAGCUGAAACUCUCCAUUGUCUGGUCAAGGGAUCCAGUGUAGAGUGGAGUGAGGAAGACCCAUCAUGUCAGAAGCUUUUGUGUCAACCACCUCCGGAAAUAACAAAUGGAGGCUACUCAACUGACCAAGAGGAGUUUGAAUAUCUUGAUGUUGUCACAUAUACCUGCAAUAGCAAUACUGGACCCGAUCCAUUUUCACUUAUCGGGGAGGCCAAGCUUCACUGCAUUGGCAGAAACCUGUGGAGUGGUGACCCCCCUGAGUGUAAGGUGGUCAAAUGCCCCUACCCAACGGUCCCAAAUGGAAGACAGACAUCAGGCUUCAGCGCAAAGCAUUACUACAAAAGCACGGUCACAUUCGCCUGCCUCGAAGGCUUCUUCCUUCAAGGACACAAUAUGGUUGUGUGUGAGGCUAACAGCACUUGGCAGCCGGCUCUUCCAAGAUGUGGUAAAGAGCCUCCGCCUCCCCCCACAUUCCGUCCUGUGUCCAGAGGCAUACAAUCCAGCCGCUCAGCACCCAGUGGCUCAGCACCCAGUAGCUCACAGUCUGGCAAUUCAAAGUCCAGUGAAAGACUUCACUGUGAACGUGGAAGAGCAUGGAUCAUUGCUGUGACCAUAGUUUUACAGGAAUAUUCAUUUAUAUAUGCCUGAACAAACAUCCUCAAAACAAGAGGCAAAGGAACACAGCGGUUGAACAGAUACAUCACUGAGCAACAGAAAGGUUUUAUGAACUGGUUUACCUGCUUAUGUUGAAUCGCAUUAAAAUUCAUAUAUGGAAGUUGUUCUCUAGUUUUACUCUUAUGGCAAUGAGAAGCCCAGGCUGACAUUUGAAUGUGGUUUGAAUGUAGUAGUUUUGCUUUGAUACUUCAGGGGUAUGCUGGGUUAAGAACAUACAACUUUUCCCCUUGAACACAGCAGUGGACUACUGGAUACAAGGUGAUAUUUCUGUAAGGGAAUUAUUUAUGUUAUAAAAUCUGAAAAUUUAUGUAAGUGUUUUUCAGUGCUAAAGAAACUGAUUUC